UUAUUUUUCUGUCCAGUCCUACGUAGCGGCGCCGCGAACACGAGGUGACGUUUGGCGCCGGCAUCCCUUCUCUCCUGGUGGAGAACAAGUAGCUUGAAAGACUUUAUCCAAGUUGCGUCUUCAGGCAAUACGAUAGUCGUUACGCUCGAGCCGCCAGUUCCGCACGAUCUGCACGAGCAAACACAUUUUCCAACUUCGUAACGCGAGUGCGAAACACGAGUUCGAGCUCUCGAGCUCUUCCCCUUCAAGUCGGCCGGAUAUCCGAAAUUUCGUUUCUAUAAAUAGAUUAGUUCACGAUAAGCGAUAUCCGAAUACCGAAAAAGUAACUUGAGGGAAGUGCAAGCAGGCAGUGAUAUGAAGGAUACGAAAACCACUGAAUAUGCAAACGUGAACGUCAAGCAAGUUUCCAACGGUAAGGACGAUCAUGUCGACUCUGGCGCGAAUGUCGACGCCGUGCAAAUCACGAUCGGCAAUCUCGGCAAGUGGCAGAUCAUCGUCUGCCUGGCGAUUUCUCUGGUCAAAUUUCCGGUAGCGUGGCAUCAAUUGGCGAUCGUUUUUAUGGCGCCUCAUCAGAAUUACAAUUGUACGGCGCCCGCUACCGUCGACUCCAAGGACCAGUGCAUGGUCAAUGUUAACGGCACCCUGGCAAAAUGCACGGAAUGGGAGUACGACAGGAGAAUAUUUCCCGAGACAAUUAUAUCGCAAUGGAAUCUAGUCUGUGAUAGGACGCAUUACGCGAAUAUCCAACAGUCUAUUCUUAUGUUCGGGGUGCUUCUCGGCAACAUAAUCUUCGGCAGCUUAGCAGAUAGGUAUGGCAGAAAAAAGCCGCUGAUGAUUUCUGUUGUUCUCCAACUGUUAUCGGGUAUUGGAUGCGCAGUCGUUCCUUGGUUUCAAGUAUUAUUGCUGAUGAAGUUGUUAAGUGCUUUGGCCACUGGAGGCACGAUGGUUACUAGUUACGUUAUUUGUAUGGAAAUAGUAGGUACAAAAUGGCGUGCCGCCAUCACCGUUUUAUAUCAAAUACCAUUCAGCUUAGGCCACAUGUCGCUGGCAGGACUCGCGUUCUGGUUUCGACAUUGGCAGCAACUACAAAUCGCCAUUACACUACCAUCUAUAAUUCUUUUAAGUUAUUGGUGGAUAGUGCCCGAGUCACCGAGAUGGUUACUAGCCAUGGGAAAGCAGAGAGCAGCGUGCAAAGUAUUGCAGAGAGCGGUCAAUAUUAAUAAAGUGGAAAAUGUGGACGUUCCCGAAAUAGUCAGAAAACAUUGCUUGCAUCAAAACUUCAAGAAAUCUGCGCUGGACCACAAGGCUUCGUUUCUAGACUUGUUCCGCACACCGAACAUGCGAGUGAAAUCCCUCUCGAUUUUCUUCAAUUGGAUCGUUUGUGGAAUGGGUCUGUUUGGCAUAUCACAGUACAUUGGUCAGGUCGGUGGUGACAUUUUCAUUAAUUUCGCAGUGUCCGGUGCUAUACAGAUUCCAGGAAACUUCGUCGCAUGGUGGGCGAUGAAUAAACUAGGUCGACGAAUCACUCUGAUCUGCAGCAAUUCCAUAACUGGCCUGGCUUGCCUGCUCUUAAUUCCCGCAUCACACGACAUGGCAUGGUUAAGAUUGCUUCUGGCAUGCCUCGGUAUUGUCGGCAUGUCGGUGUCAUUUACGACAGUCUACCUUUUCUCCGGAGAACUGUUUCCUACAGUUGUAAGGAACAUCGGAGUUGGCGCGAGCAGUAUGUGCGCUAGAAUAGGUUCCAUUGUAGCGCCGUUUGUGGUGUCCUUGGAUUACAUUGAAUCGUGGCUACCGCCAAUUAUAUUCGGAGUUCUGCCGUUGAUUGGAGCCGCAUUGUGCCUAUUAUUGCCUGAAACUGCCGGAUGUACAUUACCGGAAACGCUUCAAGACGGAGAGGAAUUUGGAAAGAAGUGUAAGUCGAAAGAAAAACAUGGAGAUCUCGAAGCAGAAGCGACAUUUUAAAAGAAAAUUGAUCGCCAUAAGAUUUUAAAUAUUUUCGCAGCCGAAGCAGUAUCGAAUUAUUAUUAUGACAAGUUUUAUGAAAAAUAAACCGAUACACUGAUAAAAAAUACAUUUUACGAUUAAUCGUGCAUAUAUUUAGUAUAAUUCUAUUUAUUAUUAUGUUAUUUUCAUAAUAUUAACAAAAUUAGCACGAUUGUCAUUGAUCAUCAUCUCAUCAUAUUCACACAUUUCUUAUAUAAUAUAUAUAAAUCAAAGCUGACAUUUUUAUAUAU